CUCCAUCACCCAACAUAAGGCAUCUAAGCACGACGUACUUACGAGCGCGCUCCUCCGGAUCAGACGCUUCUAUCUUUUUAAGACCGUUCGGUACGAGAAUAUGCCUCAAACUAUCGCCCUCGAGUUUGAAUCGGACCCUUCGCUAGAUGGAACGCUUCAUGGGAAGGAUUUCGGGGAAUAUCUCGCGAAGGGGAAACGAGGUGGUGUCAGGUAUGAGGUGACAUCGUAUAUCGCGGUGCAUGGGCAUAUGAUGGUGAACGACAAGAAAGAGAAGGCAAGCCUACUUGUCUACAAGGUCGUUGCGGUUGCGUCGCGCGCAAGACCGAUAUCAAAACUGGAGGUUGAGCUCGUGUUUCGGAAGAAGGCCGCUGCCAAAGCGGACCCAGACCCGCGACUCCUCAAAACCUGUCCCGGAGAGCGAGGGUUCAAACUCGAAUGCAAACAAGGAUCUGCCAAAUUCAAAUCACACAGAGGCAGCAAAUUUGGUGUAAAAGUUGGCGCCGACAUGGCACAUGCAGAAGGCGGGUUCGAAGGAAGUCGGGAGCAGGAGUUAGAUCAGCCACUCGAGUUCUAUGCCCUCGCCACUGGCACUAGACACUCCUCCACUCAGCGCGGUCGAACUCCAAACGCAGGUCUAUGGACAUUUGAAGCUUCGGGCCCCGUUAAAGGUAGCAUUGUCAAGAAUGGCGUGCCUCCAGUCUGCCACAUAGUCGCAAUUUUAAUCCGCCCGUGGGAAGACGAAUUCAUUUGCAACGCCAAGGUCCACGUCGAAGUCGAUAAGACCUGGGCUCUAGCUAACUCCUUGCCUAUGUGGUGGGACAGCGUAUUCUCAGAACCAAUGACUUAUGAUCCAGAGGAGAAUGAGCAGGCAGAGGAACCAAUUCCCCCGGAAACUUUGGAUGAAUACAAGAGCGAGGAUAAAUUGAAGGAUUUGGUUGAGAUACAGUUCCCCCAAAACUAUGUUGAUUGGAAGUUUGGCAAGGUACAACAUGAUGAUGAGGACGUCGAAGAAUGAGUCAUCAAUGUCUGUUGCCCUCAUCCCGAAUUCACGGAGUUCCCGCGAUAAUUGUUAGAAAUUCUUUUGAUAAUACCUGAAUUGCCAUUUUCGGUACGUGAGAAAGUACCACACACUACAUUACACCCUCAUUUUGUUUAAAUUUUUGAUAUUU